UCCCAAUUCGGCUGUGUUACUGUUAUUCAUAACAACUGAGAAAAAAGAAAUGUCAGGAGGGGUUGGUCCAACACGCAAUGAUAUUAGCCUACCAAAUGAAGGAAUUCAAGGCCAUGAAAAAUCACCCAAACCUGCAAAUCCAGUCAAGACCGGAUUUCUCACCCUCCGGCAACUCAAUUGUCUAGCUGUUAUGAUCAUCCUCGCCGCAAGCGGCAAGGUUAGCCGCGAGGACUUGGCCUUUGUGGUUUUCUCCAUCGUCUACAUGUACUUUCUUCUCAAAGUUGCCUUCCCACGGAACGUGCCUCCAAAAGAUUCCGUGAUUUUCGACCUACGAAACAAGAUUCUUCCCUUGUACCUGACGGCCGGCGCCAUCAUCGGGCUUUAUCUUCCCAUGGCUUACAUCAUUCACGGGAUUCUGGAAAGCGAUACCCAAGGGACGAAAGCAGCGGCGCCGCAUGUUUUUCUUUUGACUAGUCAAGUUUUCAUGGAAGGGGUAGCGUUUUCAAACAGGCUUUCGAUUCCGAUUCGGGUUUUUGUUCCGGUGUUUUACAAUUCCAGGAGGAUUUUCACGCUGGUGGACUGGAUGAGAUCCGAGUUUUCAAAGGAGGACAAUGAGCAUGUAAUAUCUGGGAACAGAGUUUACGUUGGGAGAGUGCUUGCUUUGGCUAAUAUGGCGUUUUGGUGCUUCUAUCUAUUAGAGUUUACUCUGAAUCAGUUCGGUUUGUGUUCGUGAUCGGUUCAUAUUAGA